CUUUGUCCUUCGUAUUCUUCUACUCAAACGACUGCUAGUCUCCUCUCUCUCUCUCUCUCUCUCUCUCUCUCUCUAGCUUCCCUUCUGAACUCUGAAACUUGAACAGGGGAGGAUUAAAGGUAGCUCUCUCUUCUGAGGAAUAGCUCCAUGGAGGCAGCGACGGGGAGCGGUAGGAGUAAAGAGGUGGAUAGGAUAAAGGGACCGUGGAGUCCGGAGGAGGACGCGGCGCUGCAGAGGUUGGUGCAGAGGCACGGGCCGCGGAACUGGUCGCUGAUCAGCAAGUCGAUCCCUGGGCGGUCGGGCAAGUCGUGCCGGCUGCGGUGGUGCAACCAGCUGUCGCCGCAGGUGGAGCACCGCCCAUUCACGGCGGAGGAGGACGAGAUAAUCAUCCGCGCCCACCGGCGCUUCGGUAACAAGUGGGCUACCAUCGCGCGCCUCCUCUCCGGCCGCACCGACAACGCGAUCAAAAACCACUGGAACUCCACGCUAAAGCGCAAGUACACGGCCCUGGAAAACGACGCUCAGCAGCAGUACGAGGGGAUCAUGGCAGCCAAGGAGAUGGCGGCGGCCGAUUCAGAGGAGGCGUCGGAGAGGCCGCUGAAGAGGGCCAGCAGCGACGGGCCGGUGUUCUUGUCUGGAGGAAGCUUGGGGCUGUGCUUGAGCCCCGGGAGCCCCUCGGGGUCCGAUCUAAGCGAAUCCAGCCACCAUAGCCACCCAGCGGAGACGUCUCACAUCUGUCGACCGUUUCCCAUUACCGGCGGUAUCAUCCCUCCUAUCACUUCCUCCUCCCAAUACCCACAAAAUGAACGCAUCUCAACUACUAUCGCCGCUACCACAAGUGACAACCCGAUCGAGAAGGACGAUGAUCCGGCGACCUCCCUCACCCUCUCCCUGCCGGGGUCAGAUCCAAUGGACACAACCUCCGACCUCCAGCAGCAUCAUCAAAACCAGAGCGAGCUGCAACUGCUCCCGGGUUCGAUUCACCCCCCGCAACAGCCGGACUCUGCCGUGUGGCCACCGACCUCCUUGAGCGCGGAGUUUCUAGCGGUGAUGCACGAGAUGAUACGGAAGGAAGUGCGGUGCUACAUGGCCGGACUGGAGCAGUGCAGCGUGCAGCCGCAGGCGGAGUCUGUCCGCAAGGCCCUGGGCCUGACCAAGAUCGAUUAGACCAGGGCUAACUCAUCCCCGCUAUAGAAGGCAACGGAUUGGAUGCACGAGCAUGCAUCAAAGAUCUGAUAUGAGAAAAUAAGAAGAAAAAAAAGGAAAUAGCAGAACAAGGAUAAAAAAAAAAAAAAACCCGUCUGCUGUAGUUCUUUUAAAUCUACCAUGUUCAAUUUCCCCAGUCUCUUCUUCGUUUUUUGUUUUCCAGUAGUUGGUUUUAUACAAAAUAAGAGCUGAGUGAAUUAUUUGCUUAA